UAUGUCGUGUGGGUGGGAGGGUUAGGAUGUUGUUCCGCGUAUUUUGUUUUGCAUUUCCGGGUAGCCAACGGUGGUAACACUUUGCUUGUAUAGAAGGCUCAAUAUGGUUUGAUGUUUGGAGGUGGACAUGCUGUGCUCUAACAAGAUCCAUCCAUUUCAAGACUUUUGUCAGAUGGCAGCAGCGCGCCGGCGAUGAGCGGCCAGCAGCAGCAGCGGGCGGCGUCCGAGUCGCGCGGCGCCGGCGCCGGCCUCGGCAUGAACAUGAAUAGCCCGUACGGCCAGCACAUGGCCGGCAGACCGCGCAGCAUGAACGAGUCGCGGCUAACCCCCGGGCCGGGCGACGAGCCGUCGCUGUCGCCGCAGGACUACAACCUGCAGCAGUCCAACCUGGCGCUGCUCCGGGCCGAGCUCAAGCUGGUGACCCAGGAGCGGGACAGCUUGCGGAAGGAGCUGACCAAGACGCUGACGGAGCGGGAUGUGGCGCUGCGGCGGCUGGGCGCUGCCUCGGCCAGCUUCGACGCCUCUACGAACGAGGACAUGCCCGGCCGCUACGGCCAGCUGUUCCUGCACCCGGGCGCGGACAGCACCGCCGCCGCCUACGCCACGUUGUCGCGCCACAGCAGCCCCAGCAUGGAGAAGUGGACACCGCCCGGCUCCAAGGAGCAUGAGAAGCUCAAGCUGCAUUACGAGCGCGCCAUCCUGGACCUGCAGACGCUCAAGAGGCAGCUGAACGAGUCGCAGCGUGCGUGCGAGGUGGCCAAGCGGGAGGCGGACAGCGCGCGCGGCAAGCACAAGGUGUCGCUGGGCAAGCUGGAGGUGCUGGCGGCCGAGGCGGGCUCGCUGCGCUCCCAGUUCAGCGUGGCUAGCGCCGAGCGCGACCGGCUGCAGCUGGAGCUGAAGCGGCUGCAGGCGCUGCUCGACACGACGGACAGAAGGAAGGACGCCGGCGGGAAGGAGGCGGGCCCGGUGGACGCGGCCCAGCAGUCGUACCGCAACGCCGUGUACAAGUACGAGACGAUGCGCGAGGAGUACGAGGCGCUGCGGAGCCGGCUGGACGAUGUGGUCGCCUCUCACUCAGCCGCCGUGAGCAAGCUAGAGCUCUGUCAGGAGGAGGUGGGUCGACUGAAGAGCCAGCUGGAGGAGGUGCUGCAGGAGAAGGGGGCGGCGCUGCGCGAGCGCACGGCCGCCAUCCGCGAGCGGGACGGCCUCAAGCAGCAGUGCACGUCGGCCAUCCGGCAGUGGGACAACGCACUCCGGGAGCGCAACGAGUUCAAGGACGCGCUCAUCAAGAUCCAGCAGAAGCACGAGGAUGCCAACAAGGAGGUGAACGAGGCGAUGGCGCUGCGCAUCAAGGCCGGCAAGGAGGUGCGCCGCCUCACCGAGGAGCGCAACACGGCCACCGUCGAGAUCAACCGAAUCCUGGCCGAGCGGGACACCGUUCACAAGGAGAUGGAGCGGCUCCAGGAGGACUGCACGGCGGCCGAGACGCGCGCCAAGGAGCUGGAGUCCAGGAACAAGGACCUGACGUCAGAGCUGGAGUCGCUCCGCCGGGAGAUCAGCUCGAUGGCUCCGCCGGAAUCUCGGCUCCCGGAGCGGGACCGGGCGUUCCGGCGCGCCUACGAGCUGAGGGACCAGCUAGGCGCCGGACACGACGCGCCCAACAAGAGCAGCUGGAACAGCAACAUCAACAGCUACGACAACAUCCAGCAGGAGAGGACCAAGAGCAAGGACAGCCUGGACUCGGGCCGCCUCUCCGACUCCAAGUCCUACAAGGAGCGGCUGGACGACAUCGACACGGCCAACGUCGAGGUGGAGAAGCUGCGCAAGCUGGUGGAGAAGCUGCAGCAGGAGCUGCAUGAGACGCAGCAGGAGGCGGAGGUGUCGAAGCGACGGCGCGACUGGGCGUUCGCCGAGCGCGACAAGAUCGUGAUGGAGCGCGAGAGCAUCCGGCAGCUGUGCGACCGGCUGCGGCGCGAGCGCGACCGCGCCGUCAGCGACCAGGCCAAGGCGCUGCGCGACGCCGACGACGUGCGCAAGCAGAAGAACGAGGCCAACAAGGAGCUGAAAGACCUGAGGGAGCACAUGGAGCACUGUCACCUGGCGCCGUAUUCGAUGGCUGAGGAGGCGCCGCUGCUGGAUCCUUCCGACCGUGCCGAGUGGGAGAGUCUGCAGCUGAGUCUGGACACGGGCUGCAGUUCGGACGGCCUCCGCGGCGUGGCGCUGAGCGGCGGCGUCGACAGCGACCGCGACUCGGACGGCGCGCGCGUGGCGGCCGGCCGGCUCAUGCCAGGCGAUCACCUGCUGCGCGUGGACAGCCUGGACUGCGCCAACAUGAGCGGCCGCCUGGUGCUGGACGCCAUCCGUAACAGCGUCGGCCCCGUCCGGCUGCUGGUCCGGCGGCGGCGGCCCGUGCGCACCACACAGCUGCUGCUGUCGGACCGCGAGUACCACGGCAUCGGUCUGGAGCAGGGCGUCUACAUCGCGCGGAUCCAGCCGGGCAGCGCGGCGGCGCGGGACGGCAUGCUGGCCGUCGGCGACCGACUGCUCAUGGUGAACGGUCGUGUGGUGGACCGCGUGGCCGGCGCCGAGGCGGUGGCGCAGCUGCUGGACUCGUCGGCCAGCCUGACCAUCACCACGAAGAAGUCGGGCGAGGGCGUGCGUAGCCCGCUGGAGUUCGUGCGCGACAUGCGGCGCAUCGACGCCGAGACGCAGCACGUGCUCGACCAGUUCAACGCCGUGCUCGAGAGCAGCGAGAAGGCGGACAAGCGGCGGCGCCGCGGCAGACGGCGCGAGGAGCGGAACGGCACGUGGCCCAACGCAGAGCGGAAGAUGCUGGUGGACGAGCCGUCCAAGCUGGACAAGGCGUACGAGAAGAGCGAGGAGUCGCUCUCGUCACCGUUCGAGCCGUACUACCUGCUGGAGGAGAAGUACGGCGGUCGGUCGGCGGCGCCGCCCGGCCUCGGCGCCAGCCUGACACCCUCCGACACCAGCAUCGACUUCAGCGUCAAGAGCGUCAAGCUCGCGGUGUUCUGCGGGCUGACGGGCGCCUGCCUGGUGGCUGGCGGUCGGCUCAGCGUCCAGAGCGGUGUUCUGCGGACUGACAUGCCGGGAACAAGGAGGGCCUCGAGUACUACGUCAAGAAGAGCGGCAAGUACUCGCAGUCGGACUCGGAGUCGAACUAUCAGCCCGGUGGAGACGGGCUCGUCGCUGGCGGUCACCUACCACAUGACGCCGGAGGGGGCGGCGGCGGCCGGAGCGGCGGCCGGCGCUGGCGCCGCGCCCGUCGCCGGCCGCGCCCACCUGCGCUCGCUCUACGGCUCGCCGCUCUCGUUCACGCCGCCCUUCAUGCCCUACACGCACACGCACACGCACACACACGCGCCCACCGCCAGGUACUCGUCCCCGGUGCCCGUCCACCUGCCGUCGGCCUCGUCCGCCGACGAGCGCCGUUCGGCCGCCUACGACCCGACCUACGAGCCAUCUGCCGGCGGCGGACACAACCUCUACUUGCACGGCCCGUCGCCGUCGCUCGACUACGGCGCCGGCUAUCAGAAGCCCGCCUACCUGCAGCUGCCAGAGCACAGGCACAACGUCGGCAGCAGGCAGGAGGGCCCGCCGCAGCAGCGGAUCCGGAUCCCGUCGGCGCCGCACAGCCGGCUCUCGUCGCCGGCCGGCCGGGCGCCGUCCAACACGUCCGUGACGUCGCGCGCGUCCAGCGGCAGCGCCGAGACCACGCCCGACCGCGACCACUGCACCUCGCCCAGUUUCAGUGUCGAGGUGAUCAACCCGGGCGGCGGCGCCUGCUCGACGGGCGGCAGCUGGAACUGGCGCCAGAAGCCGCUGCCCGGCGAGCUGCGCAACAUCGUCAUCGAGCGCAGCGACAAGCCGCUGGGCAUCUCCAUCUCGUGCCUGCAGAGCGGCGGCGUGUUCGUCUCCGAGGUGAUCCAGAGCAGCCUCGCGUCACAGGUCAACCUGCAGAUCGGCGACCAGAUCCUGGAGGUGUGCGGUAUCAACCUGCGCACGGCCAACCGCCAGAUGGCGGCCAGUGUGCUAUCCCAGUGCGGCGACUCCCGCCGCAUCCUGGUGCAGUACAACCCGGACCGAUACGAGCUGUCGCGCCGCUACGACACGCACUCGCGGCUGUCCAGCGGCCCCGAGGACGAGGACGACGAGGAUGAGGACGAGGACGAGGACGAGGGGGGCGGCCGGGCGGCGCCGUCGCGCAGCGGCUCGCCCACGCCCUGCAACUCGCCCAAGCCGCGCCGCGACGACCGGGAGCGUGACGACCUGCCGCAGUCGGGGAGCUCGACGCUGCGUAGUCCGCUAUCGCUGGCGCCCAAGCAGAACACGCUCACGCGUCAACAGAUGUCGCAGGUGGCCACGUCCCUGAAGCGCUCGGAGACGGUGAAGCGCUCCGAUACGGUGAAGCGCCGCCAGGGGUCGAGCUCCGAGCCGCCGCCGCCUGCCGCUGUCCACAGGGAGACGCAGCACCACGACUCCUCCGACGAGGAGGAGGAGGAGGAGUCGGGCGCGCGGCUCGUCUACCUGGAGACGGCUAGCUCCGGCAACCUGGGCAUCCAGCUGGUGGGCGGCAACGCGGUGGGCAUCUUCGUGCACUCGGUGGAGCCGGCCAGCGCCGCCUGCGCCGGCGGCUUGCAGUGCGGCGAUCGGAUCCUGGAGUACAACGGCGUCGACCUGCGACACGCCAGUGCCGAGCAGGCCGCCUGCGAGCUGGCCAAACCAGCCGACAAAGUCAGCAUGCUGGUCGUCAAUCGCCACCAGCGCUACAUGCAGGUGUACGACCAGCCAGGGGACCAGUUCUACAUCCGGGCCCUGUUCGACUACCAGCCGGAGAGCGGCAACGGCACCGAGCUCAAGUUCCACAAGGACAACAUCCUGCUGGUGGACAACACCAUGUUCAACGGACAGCCGGGGCUGUGGCGCGCCUGGCUGAUCGACACGAGCGACGGGCGUAAGCUCAACUGCGGCAUCAUACCCAGCAAGUUCACCGUCGAGGACCUGAUGCUGAAGAGGUCCCAGGGCGACAUAUCGGGCGACCCCGGCCGCCGCAGCGCCGUCUCCUUCCGGCGCUCUUUCUUCCGGCGCAUGUCCAAGCAUCAGCGCUCGUCUAGCAGGGAGAGCAGGGAGCUGGCUAGCUUCAGCGACGUCAGCAUUAACGAGUUCCCGCAGGAGCCGUCGGUGGCGGCCGACACGGCCAUCAGCAGCUACCAGCGCGUGGAGCGGCUGGACAGCUACGUCUCCGUCCGUCCGGUGCUGGUACUGGGCCCGCUCUCCGAGCUGAUCUCCGAGCGGCUGUGCGCCGAGUACCCGCACCAGUUCGUGCGGCCGGCGCUGGAGGUGGUGCGCGCCCAGCAGGCGGCCAUCGACCAGCGCGUGCAGCAGGCGGCCAUCGUCGACUACCGACGCCGCGGCAGCCACUUCCAGGUGCUGACGGCCGCCGCCAUCCGGGAGUGGUGCGACGGGGACCGCCACUGCGUGCUGGACAUGGACGUGACGCUGAUCCCGCGCCUGCAGCGGCACCGCAUCCACCCGAUCGUGCUGUUCGUCCGCUUCAAGUCGGUCAAACAGAUCCGAGAGGUGCGCGAGUCAGUCUACCCGAUGGAGAAGGCGUGCAACAAGGCGGCCAAGGACAUGCACGUGCACGCCUGUAAGCUGGAGCACGACUACAAGCACACGCUGUCGGCCACGGUGCAGGGCGGCGGCAACAUGGCCUACCUCUGCACGCAAGUGAAGGCGGCUGUUGAACAGGAACAGAAUAAGGCGCUCUGGGUGCCCAGUGGCACCAUCUAGCGGGUGGAAAUGAAGCACUAGUGCAGCAGUUGCCGACAGACGGCGAGCGGCCUGGCAGUUACCAAUACGCGCGUGUGCGCGCGAUGCCCAGCGGACGGCCGGGGCACUGUGAGCGCAUUAGAUGUGUCGUAAGGUGUGUAUAUUGCAUCACGAGAAGAAGACAGCUGGGUUUUGGGCUGCUCGUGACACCGACGUGAGAUUCGCGUGGAGACACUAUGCUCUCCCUGCUGUGACUGUCCUCAGCUGUAUGGUGCCGACAAUCACGUGCAUGGUAGUGAGGGGGCGUUCCGCUUGCGGGGAAUGUCGCGAAUUUUUUACAGCGCGAGCGUCGUGGGACGUGCGUCAAGCUUUAUCUUUGGAGCCUUAUUGGAGAGACGAAGGGGCGGUGUAGCGGCCGCCGUCAUGUAUAUUUUCGUAUAUGUUUGAGCUGUGUGUGAUGAUUACCAAAGUGCCGGCGCGUGACGCUGCGCGCCCGGAGGGCCGGCGCCGUCCGUGGGUGUGACGCCUCCGGCCUAGCGGUGAGACCUGGCCGUCGCCGGGGGUCCGGGCCCGUUCGCCUUGUGAAACCAUGUCUUCCCACGCACUGUCCUGCUGCCUUCUACUCCGCCGUUUUGCACUUUGGGAUAUUCGCUGCUCCGAUAUUGGAUACAAUAGAGCCGGGGCCGGA